AUGCCAUCUCAAGGCUCUCAACACACCAAUUCGACUGGCUCUGCCCAGACAUCCAGCAGUCAAUCAGCUCCAUACCACCAAAAUGAGCCUCGUACUCCCUAUGGUCCGAGAUGCCAGCACCCUGGCAACUCUUCCCAGGAGACCAGCGUUUCAUCGCUUGCCCACAGGUUCGGAAACAUGAACCUGCAGAACUCUCGUCCGAAGUAUGGUGGCCAAAAUAGUGCUGCACCUGUGCAGGUCAAUACAAACAUGGACUGGUCGAAUGCUGGCCGUGCUUACAACAGCCCAUUUAUCCUUGUUCCCAACUCUACCAUGUUCAAUGGCGUUCCAGCCGUCUCGUCCUUUGUUCCCAAUGGCGUCGCUGGUCAAGCAGACCAGGUGGGUCAAUUCCCUUACACUGCUGGCAUGUAUCCAAACAUGGGACCUGUGGUUCCUGGUGGGUAUUCGUGGCCCUACAUGAUGAACUACGACAUGCAGGACGCCAACAAGCAAGCUACAUGGAAUGAUGGUCAGAAGGGAGCGCAAACGGGGAACACCAGUCAAAUCCAGUACUACCCUUCUAACUACGUUCCCACCAUGGACCCUUCCAUGUCUGGAUACUCCUAUGGAAACAUGAUGCCACAGAUGGGAUCAAUUGCACUUCCCCUUCAGAUGAUGAAGACCCCCAACGGGUACGUUAUCCAAGACCUGGAGGCCCUGACCCAGCAAGAUCCCCCAAUUCCUCGCGCAGUGCCUGCUAUGUGGACCAACCCAUCUGAGUUGACACUUGCCAAAUGCCUGGAGAACCGCGAGGGCAUUACCAAUGUCUACAUCCGUGGGUUCCUGCCCGAGACCUCGGAUGAGAUGCUGCAUGGCUAUGCAGCUCGGUUUGGAAAAAUUGAACGUUGCAAGGCCAUCGUUGACCUGGACACCAGUUUCUGCAAAGGAUUCGGGUUCGUUCAAUACUACAGUUUCGAGUCCUGCGAGAACUGUAUUCGCGGUUUCUUCUAUCUUGGCUACCAAGCUAGCUUUGCCCAGAAGUCUCGUAAUUCUCGUCUCAAAGACCUGGAAGAUCGGUCUUCUACCAACAUCUACUGCACGAACAUCCCGAUUGACUGGACCGAAGCUGACUUGCGACGUCAUUUCGAGCCAUGGCGCGUUGUCUCCGAGAAGAUCAGUCGCGAUGAGAAGACUGGUGUGAGCAAGGAAGUGGGCUUUGCACGUUUCGAGAACCGCGAUGUUGCCGAGAAAGUGCUGAUGGAGUUCCACAACGUCACAAAGGAUCAUGGUGUCAAGCUGCUAUUGCGCUUCGCAGAUACCAAGGCUCAGAAGAUUCUGAAGCAACAGAGCAACGAGCGUCGAGCUUACCGCGCCGGCGAGUAUAACUACUCUGUUGAGGUGGUUCAAGGAUCUACUCCUUCCCCUUCGAUGCAACGUGGCCCUCUCCUUACCCCUAACUCUCAAGUGAGCUAUACUUCUCCAGCUGGAGUGGACUCCAACUGGACACCAGCCACUUCGAUUUCUCCUUGGUAUGUCUCCCAAUCCCAACAUGAUGCUGCAUCAGAAUAUACUGACCAAAAUUACAGCCACCCCCUCAUGAAGAACCCAUCCAGCUCCCUGUCCUCUCGGAGCCUCAAUGCCCUUGACAGUACGCCUGCAUACCGCGGCCGCGGCUUCUCCAAGGGCCGUCGCUCAAUCGCUGAUCUCUCCGGGGGUUCCUCCAAGACUGUUAUGCCUGAAUCUCCAGAAAUAGAGCCUUUGAUCUACAUGUCGACUCCCCCUCGCAAGGAGAACGUCAGGGCAGAAUCUAUGUCGCCCAUGCCUUCUCGCAUGGAGGUCUGUGUUUCUCCAGCCCGCUCAUGCACUUAG